AGAGAAAGAGUUGGGACAUUGAAAACUUAGCAUCUCACAAUUGCGCUAGCACAAGCGAUCGUCCUGAUUCUUGAGAGACCUGAAGCUAAACACAAGGAAGGAGAAGUGGCGCAGCACUCACACUAUCUGCUCUGAAAGCUAUGCCUCAUAUCGUUCUAAUUGGUACUCUUGAUACCAAGCUCCAAGAAUUUCUGUACCUACACCAACAACUGAACGACCUCUCCACAUCCACCUCGUCACCUCUCAAGGUCACUCUCAUAGAUUGUGGUCGCACAAACAUUCAACAUGAAGCCAUCUCCAUUUCGCAACAAGCCCUAAUCGCCGAGUAUGGAGGAUCAGAACUCAAAGAUACCAUGAAAUUACCGCGUGGGGAAGUCAUCCAGUACAUGACUCAGUGCUGUACCGCCUGCUUGAAAACACUUCUCAAAGAUGAUCAAAUCCACGGAAUCCUAGGCGCAGGAGGUUCUGGUGGCACGAGUUUAGUGUCAGCAGUGAUGAGGGAUGCUGCACCUUUUGGGCUACCGAAACUCAUUGUUAGCACUGUUGCAUCGGGCGAUACCAGUCUAUUCGUGGGCGAAACAGACAUCACGAUGAUGAACUCUGUCGUUGAUAUUGCUGGGACAAACGAGCUACUUCUUAACGUCCUGAGCAAUGCUGCUGGGGCAAUGGUUGGAAUGAGCGCUGCAUACGAGCGAACCCUCGAACGAAGGAGCAAGGAAACUGCUCAGCAGGUGGAGCGUGUUACACGCAUCGGGAUCACGAUGUUUGGUGUGACCACUCCGUGCGUCAAUUACAUCACACAGUAUCUCACCAAGAAUUAUCCAGUCGAGACAUACGUUUUCCAUGCAACUGGACAUGGCGGAAAGGCAAUGGAACGGCUCGUCGAAGAGGGACGGCUUGAUGCAGUGCUCGAUCUUACGACUACUGAGAUCUGCGAUCACUUAUUUGGUGGAAAUAUGAGCGCUGGCCCAAAUCGACUGGAAGCUGCACUUUCGGCUGGCAUUCCGAACAUUAUCUCACUUGGUGCGACUGAUAUGGUUAAUUUCGGAGCAAGAAAGGCGGUCCCGGCUGAGUACCUGAAUCGACUUCUUUUGGAACACAAUCCAACUGUGACUUUGAUGAGAACAACCAAGGAAGAAUGUGACGCAAUUGGGAAAUUCAUGGUAGAGAAGAUCAAGGGGUUUGCGAAGGAUCAAGACAUGAUAGAAGUUUGGAUUCCGAAAGGAGCCAGUGUUGUCUCAACACCAGGAGAGAUAUUCGCCGAUGAAGAAGCAGACGCUGCUCUUGCUGAAGCAAUCAAAAAGGGGUUGGAAGGUACCAAGAUCAAAAUUGUGCAGGAUACCAGGCAUAUCAAUGAGGAAAGCUUUGCGAGUGAUAUUGCAGAGAGCUUGAUGAAAAUUGUUUCGAGAAAGAAGGAUGGAGUUUAGCUUGUAGUAAUCAUUGAACUCAACGACGAUUUUCCAGCAGUAAAUACAAAUCAAUGCG